AUGAAGGCUUUUGCCCUGCCCGUCCUUCUCGGCCUUGCUGGCCUCGCGACUGCCCGCACUGAUCUCGGCGGCUGCAUCUCAUCCCAGACCACCAAUCAAUGGCACGAGGCCAGUAUGAUCUGGUGGGUUCCCGACACCGGCGAGAUCUGCGACUUCGUUGAUUGCGGCGGCGGUCGUGCUCCUCCCAAGACCACCCAGCCCGGUUGCCCUCUCUACUCCGGCACUGCGACUUUGACUCCCAGCUACAUGCCCGGCUGGGGUCCCAACGGCAAGUUGGCCGCUACUACCACCACCGUCGCGCAAACCACCGCCUCCACCAAGACUACCGCGACUGGCGAAGCUUCAGAGAAGACCACUACUCAGACUGAGAGCGAGGGGAGCAUGGUCACCGCUGCGCCGACUAGCUCGCCCGUUGUCUCUUUGACUACGAUUACUUCGUCUACUUCAAAGGUCGCAAACUCCACUGCCUCUGGAAACUCGACCACUUCUGCUACGACUCCCGUUCAUACUGGUGGUGCUAGUGGAUUCGCUGCUACCAACCUGGCUGGUGUCAUGGCUAUUGUUGCCGCUGCUGUCGGUGCUGUUGCCCUGUAA